AUGACUUCUAGUAAUAAAUUGCAUGCAUUGAGCAAAGGAAUAUACUUGCUCAACCCUGCCAAAACUGCAAUAGCGAAUGAACCAAAGAUUAUUCUGCUGUUCUCCUGGAUGGGUGGCCGAUUGACGCAUCUAGCCAAGUACUCAAAUACAUAUAAUGAACUUUAUCCGGGAGCCACACAAAUAAUAGUCAGGUCUGAACCUUCGUUCUUCUGGAGCUCACAAGCUUCGAGAAAAAGAUAUCUUGAGCCGGCCGUGGAAGCUCUCGAAGCUCUGGGAGGCCUUGUUCCUGUGUCAAAAACGGCAAAGAGUGCACUGUCGAUGGAUCCUUCACCAAGUAUCCUUGUUCAUGCAUUUUCCAAUGGUGGCGCAUCACAACUUACCACUCUCGGAGAGAUCAUUUCAUCUCGUGGUAUUCCAUCGUCCAGUUUGCCUGUAUCAGCCCUUGUCCUGGAUUCAUGUCCUGGAGACGGGGGUGCUGAAGGGACCAUCCUAGCAUUCUCAAGUUCGGUCUCUAACCCCCUCGUGAGAGGUAUCAUCAAGUUCCUCAUACGCUUUCUCUACUUUUACGUCUCGCUCCAGCGCAAAAUCUUCCGAUCAUCUUCCGAAACGGUGCUCGACAAGAUGAAAGCACGACUUAACGAGCAACGAGUCCUGCCAUGGUUUGACAAAAGUACGCCGCGCCUCUACCUGUACUCGACGGCGGACAAGCUCAUCCCGUACCGUGAGAUCGAGGCGCACGCACAAAGGGGUAAGCAGUCGGGCUUCACGGUCACGCUCGAGAGGUUCGACAACUCCCCCCACGUCGCGCAUGCAAAGAUGCACCCAGAACGGUACUGGGCCGCAAUACAAAGACUGUGGGAUUCUGCAGCGGAAUCAAGAUCACAGACCGCUGAUCACCCUUAG